UACCGUCUUUCUUUCGACCCUUCACACGCUCAUAAACUCAGCGUGCGAGACAAAUGAACCUGCGGUUUCUCUCAGAAAAAGGUUCUCAUUUUUCGGUGUGCAUCGUCUUCCUUUGUCUGUCGUUUGCUGAGGUUCUUGUUGUUAAACCCUAGAGAUAUGGCGGAGGUAUUGGCCACCAAUGGCGUGGACAAGAGGAAGGUGAUGGUGGCGAUCGACGAGAGCGAGUGCAGCCACCACGCGCUCUUGUGGACCCUCGACAAUCUCAAGGACUCGCUCCUGAACUCGACGCUCGUCGUCUUCAUGGCUCGACCCCCAUCUCAGCAGAAUCUCUCCUUCGCUGCUAAUCUCGGCCUUGCUCGCAUGUACUGCCCUGUUUCUGCCGCUCCAGACUUUGUGAAUUCUGUCCAAGAGCAACACAGGAAGCUUACGCUGGCUCUCUUGGAGAAGGCCAAGGAGAUUUGCGCUGCUCGAGGGGUUACUGCAGAGACUAUUACAGAAGUUGGGGAUCCGAAAGUAGCAAUAUGUGAUGCAGUGGAAAAGAACAAUGUCACCCUUCUCAUUUUAGGCGACCACGGACUUGGAAAGAUCAAACGGGCUAUUCUUGGGAGCGUGAGUAAUUACUGUGUUCAGUAUGCGAAGUGUCCUGUUCUUGUUGUGAAGAAGGCAGCGGAGUGAAGAUAGGAAAGUUGGUACAGUUUGUUUUGAAAUCUGUUCGACAGCUUGCUAUGUAAAUGUCUUGGCUGUUGAAAAUAUGUGGAGUGUGAAUGUUUUAUAAAUCCAUUCCCUCUUUGUGUCUGUUGUUGCAUGCUGUGACAAGCAAUCGAUACAUGUAAUCUCAUCUAUAGUUGUCAAUCGAAAGCUGAAGGAUGUUGUUCCA